GCGUAUACCAAAUUGAGGAGCUGGAUGGGACAUAAUGAAAGGAUUGGGUAUCUGGAACGAGGCUGAAGAAGUUUGUGGCAAGAAAAGAGGUCCGACUUUGCGAAGACAGCCAUGCGAAGGGGAAGGAGGGGGACGAGGCCACCACAGAGGCCAUUGGGAGCAUCAGGAGGUUAUGAGCGGCAUGGGUCUCACCAUCGGGAGGGCACGUUAGUAUACGAUGACGGGGAUGUAGAGUUAUUUUUGGACGACUUUCGAGGGUAUGCGGAGCAUAUGGGUUGGACGAUGACUCAGACGAUUGAGAGGCUGAGAGGAGCUGGUAGGUUUGUAGAGCCCAUUGCGCGGAUUCGUAGGGAGGCGAGGACCUGGCAAGAGGUGGAGAUAAGGAUGCAGGAGCUACAACCAUCGUCUGUGGGUCCUGACGGCAGGCCGAUCCGCCUAGAGAUCGGGAAUGCUAAGGACUUCAUCCCUGCUUUUGAGCAGUUCAUGGCCCAUUUGAGGGAGGCAUUUCGACGACCGGAGCCGCCUCAUCCCAGAGUUGAGAGACGCCAGAGGAGCAAGAGGCAGAGGGAUCCGGGGCUCAAAGAGACCAUGUCAUUGCGAGGAGGGCGGAAGGCACUAGCAAGGCGAGAGGAGGAGUCAAUACCUGAGGCUGAGGAGCGAGGGGCAUACUCCGAAUGUGGGAUAGGCCCAGAAUUGGAGGCGCACCUUGAUGUGUCACAGUGGAGAGUGCCUCGGGCUGGUGAGGGGCAUGACGAGCCAACGGGAGAUAUGCCGCAAGAGGAGGUCCAUGAGAUUGGGCAGGAGGCAAGGCAGAAUGCCGAGAGAGGUGCUAUGGGGGAGGUGAUAGAGGUUCAUGAGGACACUCCACCUCAGGCUCAUGCUGCAGAGCUGGGGCCAGAAAGCGUACCAGAGAUCGUCUGUGAGGAGGAGGCUCGACAAGAGGAGAUUUUGUCCCCACCACCAGAGGCAAUCCUGUCACCAGGAGUGAGGGUGGAGAUGGAGCGAGAACAGACUGACUGGAGGAGAGAGGCCGUCUCCACGAUUGAUAGGUAUCUGGCCACGCAUGCCUAGGAGCACCCUGACAUCGAGGAGCCCGUACCUAGGGAGCCACCACAAGAGCCUCGUCAAGCAGAGGGAGAGAUGAGAGCUGAUAUUCCAGGGAGAGCGGACCAUCGUAUGAGAGGGAGAGUACCGGUAGGGGAGACAACCGAGGAGAAACGGGCCAGAGUUGGGAAGCGCUUGGAAAAAAUCUGGCAGGAAAGGCAAAAGUUAGAGGAGGCAGGUGCACUCCCAGAUUAGCCACCUCCGCCUAAGCCAUGCGGAAUCAAGGAGAUGUGGGACG